AUGAUAUGUCUAGCUCCUCAUAGAUGCUAAUGCUAAAGAAAACUUUGCGCUGAAUGCCAAGAUGAACAUAAUGUUGAUUUGAAAUAUAUUGUAUCAAUACCAAGAUUUAAAAAAAAGGUUACCAAUAAGUUGAAUUUAUACACACUAAAUGAGAAUUCUGAAAUAAUAGAAAAAAUGAUAAAAUAUUAAAAAUUGCUUAAUCGAUCUUAAGCAAAGUUAAUCCACAUUUUUGAAAAUUUGUCUAAUUAUGUCACCUCAGUAUAUAAAAUGAUUGAAUAGAAAAACCUAUCAUUUGUGAAUCUAAUCAACGAAGAUACUAACCUCGCAGAAUCCUCCUAUAAUGACUUAGAAAAAUUAGUAUAAAUUGCAGAAGGAACAACAUUAGAAGAUUGGAAUGAGGGGAAAAUUUCUUUAUUAAAAAAAAUGGAUAGGAUGAUGCAUUGGUUUAAUCAAGAAAUAAAUUCUUUAUGCUCAAAGGAAGAAAUGAAUGAGAUUUAUUAAAUAAUAAAUUCUAUUAAUUAAACAGAAUAAGUAGUUGAAAGGAAAAAAGAUUUUUAUGAGGUUUUAAUUCCCUUUAACAAUAUUGAUAUCUAAAUAUUCAAAUCGAUAUUUGAAAUUUUAAGUGAAGCAAAAAUUUCAGAUUUUUUAGGAUUUCUUGAUAAUCAAUAGCAUUUGGAAUAAUAUGUAGAUAGAUAAAGAGAUUUAAAUUUUGUAAGAAGUAAUAUUUUAAAAAUAACUAAUAUAAUCAGAGAUAUCAAAGAACAUGACUUUAAUAAAUAUGACUAUUCCACUGCAAAAUAUUAGGAAACUAAGCAAGAUCUCAUUGAGAAAAUCUCAUAAGAUAAAAUGAUCAUUGAAAUUUUACAAUUUUUAGUUCGCCUGACAGCAAUAGACAAGAGUUUCAUCUAAUGUGGAUCAAAUGCACUUAAUUUAUUAGUUGACAUGAAAGUUGAUCUUUAAAAACAAAGCUUUGAAAAUAUUAGGAUAAAGAAUACUUCUUUGAUUGGAGCAAAUUUUGUUAGAUGUAAUUUUAGUGGAUCUGAAUUUAAUAAUGUAGACUUAAGCGGAAUAAAUUUGAAUGGAACUUAACUAUUUAAUUGUAAAUGGAAUAAAAUAAGAAUUCAUGAAUUAAAUAAUUUUGAUGGUCAUAGUAAUUCUGUCCAUUCUGUCUGCUUCUCUCCUGAUGGAAAUACAUUAGCAUCUGCAAGCGAAGAUUAUUCUAUCCGUUUAUGGGAUAUAAAAACAGGAAAAUAAAAAGUCAAAAUGGAUGGCCAUUCAAAUUUGGUUCGAUCUGUAUGCUUCUCUCCUGAUGGUACCACAUUAGCAUCAGGCAGCGAUGAUUGUUCAAUCCGAUUAUGGGAUGUUAAGACAGGAUAAUAAAAAUUCAAAUUAAAUGUUCAUACUAGUAGUGUUUUAUCAGUAUAGUUCACUUCUGACGGUACGACAUUAGUAUCUAGUAGUGCAGAUAAGUCUAUCCGUUUAUUGGAUGUUAAGACAGGAUAAGAAAAAUUUAAAUUAGAUGGUCAUAUUCAUUAUGUUUGGUCAGUUUGUCUCUCUCCUGAUGGUGCUAAUAUAGCAUCUGGUAGUUACGAUAAGUCUAUCCGUCUAUGGGAUGCCAAAACAAGAUAAUAAAAAGCCAAAUUAGAUGGCCAUAGUGAAUGGGUCUCAUCUGUAUGCUACUCUCCUGAUAGUACUACAUUAGCAUCUGGUAGUGGAGAUAAGUCUAUCCGUCUAUGGGAUGCCAAAACAGGAUAAUAAAAAGCUAAAUUAGAUGGCCAUAGUGAAGCUGUCCGGUCUGUAUGUUUCUCUCCAGGUGGUACUACAUUAGCAUCUAGUAGUGAUGAUAAGUCAAUACUUUUAUGGGACAUUAAAUCAGGAUAAUAAAAAGCUAAAUUAGAUGGUCAUAGUGAAACUGUCCGGUCUGUAUGUUUCUCUCCAGAUGGUACUACAUUAGCAUCUAGUAGUGAUGAUAAGUCUAUACGUUUAUGGGAUGUUAAGACAUAACAAGAGAAAUUAGAUGGUCAUCCUAAUAAAUUCUUAUCAGUAUCCUUCUCUCCUGAUUAUUCAAUAUUAGCAUCGAGUUAUGAUGAUAACUCUACCCGCUUAUGGGAUGUUAAAACAGGAAAAGAAAUUCAACUCUCAGAUAUGAGUUAUUAAGAGUGUCUGGUAUAAUUUCCAAAGCAUCUAUUCUAAAAUAACCCUCUUUCAAAAGGUGGUAUUUAUUUUCAAUUCGUAUUUAGUCAAUUCAAAUAUUACUCUUCUCAUUAUAUCAUCAAAGCCCAUAUUUUAAGCAUAAGGCGCUUUCAUUUUUAAAGGAGAAUUUGCGGAUUAAUUAGGCAUUGAUUUAAGAACAUUUUUUAAACAAAGUGGAGGUUGCCUUUUGGAAAAUUAAAUCCAAUUAGAAUAAGAGUAAAUUUGA